UAUUGGAACAAAUUGCUGAAGUAGAAUCUAAAACUAUAACUGAUGUCGUUUCCAAUAUCUGUGACGUUUUUCCAACUACAUUUGCGCAGUUGUGUCGAAUUUUAGUGAAAAGAUGGGGUCCUAUUUUAAUACCCAAGAAGGAAUGUAUCCAGCUGUUAUGAAGUCUCAACAAGCUUCUAGAACUUUGCAAAAUAUUUUACAGUUAAAUGUUAAAAGUACAAAUUCAUUUUGUGAUCAUGAAGUGUUACGGUUUUUGUGUGAUAUGAUUGACAGAUUUUUAAAUCAAGCCAAACCACUCAUAGAUCUGGAUGGUGAUAGUUACAGUACUAUUUAGGAUUGGAGAGGUAGUUCUUGGAGAGGAAAAGACUGCAAUGACUUGACUAAACAUAUUCAACCAGGUCGCAGACCUGCCGAUUAUGAUAGAGAUAUUGAUUCAAAACUGUAAUGGAAUAUGGGGUACAGAUAAAAUUACAGGUGAACCAUACGAAAAAGAGCUUUGUGAAAGAACAAAUCCACGUGGUCUUGUAUACAUAGGAGAUUCAGUCGGUGCUCGUUUACAUGUUCCUUUGCAAUGGUUUACUGCUAGAGAAUUUUUAAAAAAAUAUUUUACACAUCUUGAAUUCAUUCUUGGAAAUGAACUUGACUGGCCUGAAACAUCAUUUGCAACAGGUUAUAAGAAUUUCUCUUGGCCUACACUUCAAGGAUAUACAGAUUCUUUGUAUUUUAGAUUAAGGGAACACAAUUUAUGUAAUCAUAGAGAUUAUCAAAAUUUGGCUGUUAAUGGUAUUGUUUCAUAUAUAUUCAUAUUACAGUAGAAGUCUUAAUCUGGCAUCCACAGAAUCACAGCAGUGCUGGAUUAUUGAAAAUGUCAGAUCACUGGAUGGUUUUGUACUUUUGCAAAAUUUGAUAAUUUAUAUACAAUCUGAACAUUGCAGAUAUUGCUGUGCAUUUUGUAACAGCACACACUGCUGUCUGCAUCCAGCUUGUUUGUGCAAGCUCUUUCUGACUAUACUGUACUUAAGAUUGAAAAACCUGCUAAAA